AUGCCUUGUGAAGAGUCAAAAUCCCGUAGCUUGGUGAGGUCGAGGUGCGAUCCAGUAGGAGGACUGCGCUGCAAACUCAUGUUUAUAAGAGAUUAUACUUGUACGUGGAGAUCAAAUGUAACCAGUUGUAAAGAUGACUUACUAGCAAUCCUUCGAGAAGACGAGAGUCAAGUGAUAACAGAACGAAUAGAGGCAUCUAAGAAGAAGACGAAAAAGAAAAAUGAAAAGGCUAAAAAGAAGAAGGCAAGUACAGAAGAAACAGGAGAAACAGGAGCGAAGGUCAAAGAGAAAAAGCAGACACGCAUGACAUCAAUAAGAAAACCUUUAGAGUUGGAUCCUAGUAAGAUAAAAAUAAUUGUACUGAAUCCCGAAGAACAGAUUAAACAGAGGGAGGAGGACAGCAAGGCCGGUCUUAAGUUUCCCUUCCAAUGCAAUCUAUGCUUUAAGGGAUUUAAUUUUGAGUCUAAAUUACAGAAUCAUAUGAAGAAACACAGUCCAGCGCGGGGUCCAUUCAAGUGCGAACUGUGCCACAUGCACCUGCCCACGGCGUACAGUGCGAGCGUGCACGCGUUCAUACACACGCGGCGCUACGAGUGCGUGCGCUGCGGCCGCCGCAUGACCGACCGCGCCUCCAUACUCGACCACUACAGCUCAAAACACGAAGGUGUUCUUAAAUUGUACACGUGCCAAAUCUGCGGAAAAAUUUCUAACAACAACAAAACGCAUCGUGGUCAUAUGAGGAACCACCAUUCCGGGGAUCGUCCCACGUGCGAGGAAUGCGGGAAGAGUUUCGUCAACAAGGACUCCUUGAUCGAGCACCAGUUGAUUCACAAGGGCAUCAAAAACUACGAAUGCGGGCAGUGUGGCGCGAAGUUCCGAACGCGGACGCAGAUUAAACUGCACCAGGGAAAGCAUUCUGACGCGAAAGACUACUACUGCGUUGAAUGCGAUGUGAGGUUUAAAUCGGCCCAUAGCCUUAAGCAGCACCUGUUGAAGAGCCUGAAACAUUUGGAUGUGCAAAGCCUUAAGUACAAGUGCACGCGGUGCGACAAACGGUUCGUGUCGCAAGCGGCGCUCACUCACCACAGCGAGAUACAGCACGAGGGCGUGCGGCCGUACCGCUGCCCGCGCUGCCCCGCCGCGCUCGCGUCGCGCGCCUCGCUCGCCAAGCACGAGCGCGCCGUGCACGCCGGCCGCCGCCCGCCGCCCGCGCACGUCUGCGACACGUGCGGCCGCGCCUUCCGGGGCAAGAGCGUGCUCAUCAACCACGUGCGCACGCACACGGGCGAGAAGCCGUUCGCGUGCGGCGACUGCGGCCGCCGCUUCACGCAGCGCACCGCCAUGCGCACGCACCUGCGCCUCGUGCACCUCAGGCUGAAGACCAAGCACGAGCCGCCCGAGCCGCACGACACGAAGCCGGAGGACGUGCCAAUAAUCUUCGAAGACUGGGAUCGCACGGACGCUUAUUUCCGCGUCACGGCGGGGCCCUGA